AUGUCAUCGGUUUAUCAAAUCUAUCGUUCAACAACCAUCGGUUUAGCUCUUGAUGAAACACUUCAUGAAUUUGGUCGUCGACAAAUGUUUACUCCUCGGAUAGUUCAUUAUAUUCUUAAUAUAUUUGAUUAUAUAAUCAAUGAAAAAUUAAGUUUUUCAUCGAAUCAAGACAAAAAAAGUUGUUGUCUCAUAUUCAAAGGUCAUCUACUCUCGUACAGAUCAUGUGAUCAAGUAUGGACAUUACUUUUUGAUUCAAUAACAUUAACUUCAACGAUGGAUUCAUCAUGGAAAAUCACUUUAAUCGAUAAAAAACAAAAAGUGAAAAUAAUCGCUUGUCCAACGACAAAUCCACCGAAUCGAAAUGUUUUCUCAUUUCAAAUGAAACCAUCCAAACGAUUCAAAUCGACAUUGGAAAUGAAUCUUCACAGUUGA